AUGAGAUGUCGGCAAAAGACAGAAAAGAGAAAAGAUGGGAAAAUUCUCAACUCCCUCCAUCUUCAGUAUAAAAGAGGGAAGAAAAAGAGGGAGAGAAACGAAGAGAAGAUGGGUGCAGAAGCAAAUGGCGGCGAGAGGCAACUGAAAUUUAUGAUCUACGGUCGAACAGGUUGGAUUGGUGGUUUACUGGGGAAGCUGUGCCAAGAGAGAGGCAUCCAAUAUCACUACGGAAGCGGAAGAUUGGAGAACCGAUCGUCCUUGGAGGCGGACAUUACGGCGGUGAACCCCACCCACGUGUUCAACGCCGCCGGAGUCACCGGUAGACCAAAUGUGGACUGGUGCGAGUCUCACAAGGUUGAAACCAUCCGCACCAACGUUGUGGGCACUCUCACCCUGGCCGACGUCUGCCGUCAAAAAAAUCUGAUUCUCAUAAACUACGCCACCGGCUGCAUCUUCGAGUACGACUCCUCCCACACCCUCGGAUCCGCCGUCGGCUUCACGGAGGACGACACUCCCAAUUUCACCGGAUCCUUCUACUCCAAGACCAAGGCCAUGGUGGAGGAUCUACUUCGGAACUACGACAACGUGUGCACGUUGCGCGUGAGGAUGCCCAUUUCCUCGGAUUUGUCGAACCCACGUAAUUUCAUCACUAAGAUCAGUCGAUACGACAAGGUUGUCGACAUUCCGAACUCCAUGACCGUACUGGACGAGCUGCUCCCGAUCUCGGUGGAGAUGGCGAAGAGGAAUCUGACUGGGAUCUGGAAUUUCACGAACCCUGGAGUGGUAAGCCACAACGAGAUUCUGGAGAUGUACAGGGAGUACGUGGAUCCUAGCUUCAGGUGGAAGAACUUCAGUGUGGAGGAGCAGGCGAAGGUUAUUGUUGCCCCCCGAAGUAACAACCACCUUGACGCCUCUAAGUUGAAGAAGGAGUUUCCUCACCUUUUGUCCAUCAAGGACUCUCUCCUUAACUACGUCUUUCUCCCCAAUCACAAAACGCCUCCAUAG